AGCGACAUCAUGAAAUUGAGACUAUCAUCUGUGGUAUGGAAUGUUUUAUCUUCUGCAGAAGUUAAGCUUCCUUGAUUGUUAGCUACCCGUUGAUGGUAGAGGUGCUAUUUCUAGAACUCUUUAUACAGAUUUUUUUUUUGCAUUCAGUAGAUACUCUUAUAUCACAAGUUAAUGAGAUAGAUUUAAUGGUAUACCGACUAAUGUAUGUAACAAGUUAAAAUGUUCAACUUCUGAUAUGAAAUAUAGUACAAAUAUGGGCUCAAUUUUAAGUAGUUGUACAAUAUUGUAUCGCAGAACGUAGCUGUGUGCAAUGUUUUAAAAUAAUUUUAUUAAAACUUUUCAGUGUGUGUGUCAACAUAAAGCCAUAUAUAAUAUACACACGUUAUACAUACACAAACAUAGAUAUAUACAAAUACAUACAUAUAUAUAUACUUAAUACUGUGAUAGUCAUAACUGUAUGACUAAAAAAAAAAGAAAAAAAAAAUAAUCGUUUAAUCUUAUAAAUUUACAAGAAAUUAAUUAUUAUUAAUAAUGUUUGAGUGGGCUUAUGAUGGUGUUAACAGUUCAAUACCAAGGAAUGUUGGUCCAGAAUGUGCAUAUUACUUAAGUACAAACAGAAAAUUAAUUGAAACAGCUUUUGUAUCUAUAUUCAUUAUAUCAUUUUGGGUGUGGGGUUUUAAGAAAAUAACAUUACCAAAAAGAUUACCAUAUGUUAAUCAAGAUAGAUUCGGUAAAAAAGUUUUAUUAAUUAUUAUGUCUAUGGUUCUGGGUGUAGAAAUCGGUUUCAAAUUUACAAGUCGUACCAUCAUUUAUUUGUUAAAUCCUUGCCACAUUACCACUGCUAUACAGUUGUAUCUACUAGCAGCUGAACCAAGCCCUAUGGUAACUAGUAUUUUUCGAAUACAUCUCAAUCUUAUGAAUGGUCCCGUGCUGGCAUUUUUAUUCCCGGAAACAGAAUCUCGAAGAAUAUUUCCAGAUAAAGCGGUAUAUUAUAUUCAACAUGGUUUAAUGUUAGUAAUACCAUAUUACUUAUUAAGAAUUGGAGGAGUAUACAACAUUGAACCUUUGUCGGAUUUGAACUGGUCGAUUUUAAGUUAUGGUUUUAAUUUGGCGUACCAUUUCUGGAUUUUGCAACUUAUUGCUUUGCCCACACAAGUGAAUCUCAGCCAUAUGUUAUGUUCAGCAGUCUUAGAUCCAUUUGAGGGACAAAACUAUAGAAUGGGUGCAUUUAUGCAUCAGGGAUUAUUGUGCCCUCUUUUGUCUAAAUUAUUAUGCUAUUUGUACGAUUACCUGUUGACUAAAUGUCCCUUAACUAAAGUUAAAUCAUCUCUUGAAGUUGCAUUACCAAGGAGAAAAUAUGAAGAUAAUAAUAAGAAAGUGUCAAAUAAAUUAGAAAAUGGGCAUACUCAUUUAGAGUAAUUGGAUCUUUGAAACUUAACGAAGUUCAUAUAAACGACUCUUUUGUUAUAACAAAGAUAGUAUUUCCUGAUCAUGUAACAAUUGGUGAUAACAAAUGAUCUUUGUGUAAUCCUAGUGAUACACGAUGUAUAUGUAUUUAAGUAGCAUGCCUAUUACUUUUUUAAAUACCUAUAUUUGUUUAAAGUACUUAUGAAGAACUAUACAUAAAUGCUAGUCAUAGUAGAGAUUAAUUAAUGAAAAAAGAGUAUGGCAGCAAUAAAGGUAGAUAAUACAUUAGUGUUUCAAGAGCUUUUUUAUAAUUAUAGCAUUAUCGGUGACA